AUGAGUAGGAAGAACUUGUUAGGCAAACCGUGUAUCGAUGCCGAUAUUGAGGGAGGUGAGCUCAUAGUACUGCAUGAUUGGAUCCGUAUCUGCAACGGAGUGUCGUCUUCACCUCGCCGAAAACAUGCACUAGGGCCCACUAUCAUGAUCCGUCAAACCGUCCUUGACCGGCGUGGAAAAGUUUUGUAUCAAAAGCGGAUCCCGAUAGAUUAUAGGCUAGUAGGUGGCACUACGUCUACGAAUGAAGAGAAAUAG